UAAAGCUAAAAGUAAAAUAUAUUAAAGAAAAAAAAGUAUUUUAUUAUGGCCGCAAGGCAGCAACCCGAACAGACUCUAACCGAGCAAGGAACAACAAGACCAUUUCUUAUUGUACAAGGUACCGAUGUAACUGGUCAGAAGCACCCAAACAAUUACUUUAUAACUAUUAUGCACUGUAUCAAAGGACUUAUUGGUACAGGAAUAUAUGCAAUGGGAUCAGCAUUCAGCAGCAGUGGCAUGUUGCUAGGACCCGUUUCAGCGGUUUUUGUUUGGUUCUUAAGUUUACAUUGCCAACACAUACUUAUCAAAGCUUGCGUCAAAAUAACUGACAAAGAACUAGUUGAAGUACUUCCUUCUUUUGCUGAAACAGUAGAGUAUACUAUGGAAGACAGUUCGUCCAAUUGGAUAAAGAAGCUCUCAAGGGGAUCUGGAAUAGUAACAGAUGUAUUUUUACUGAUUGCGCAAUAUGGAUACUGCGUCGUGUAUCUCGUUUUUGUUUCAAGACAUAUCGGAGAGAUUGCAGCGGCACAUGGCUGGGAACAAAAUUAUCGAGUUAUACUUGUUAUUGUGUUGAUACCUAUGUGGAUUUCAGCUUUAUUAGGGAAUUUAAAAUUACUGUUGCCAUUCUCAAUGAUUGCAAAUAUAGUCAUGUGGAUAGGUAUUGUAUGUAUACUUUAUUACUCGGUUCAAGAUCUCCCUGACAUCAGUGAGAGAGAUCUGGUAUCACACGCUGAACGUCUACCUGUCUUCUUUGGAAUAAUCUUAUUUGCAUUUGCUGGAAUAACCUUUAUAAUACCCGUACGAUCGGAAAUGAAAAAUCCAGAGUCUUUUACGAAGCUUUUUGGGGAACUUAACAUGGCAAUGUUUGUGGCACUAAUAUUCAGUGUACUGGUUGGUAUUUUAGCGUUUUGGAAAUGGGGAGAUGAUGUUGAAGGAAGUGCUUUUUUAAAUUUGCCUCAGGAGGACGUGCUAGCUCAAGUUACAAAGAUUUUGAUAUCAAUUAGUGUGAUGUUUACUUAUACACUGCACAUGUAUGUACCGUUUGAAAUUUUGUAUCCCAGAUUUAACAGAAGAUUUGGACCUUUUAAAUAUCCAGUGUUGGCAAUGUACCUUUAUCGAUCAGCUGCUGUUCUUAUGACUUAUGCCAUGGCGAACAUAUCUUCAAAUAUAGCACUUUUUAUCGCUUUGGUGGGAGCUGGAGCUGGAGCUGUACUUAAUUUACUAUUUCCAGCUCUUCUUGACCUAGCGAUGGGAUAUGGUGAACUAACUGUUGUCGUCAUUAUUAAGGAUGUGUUCAUCAUAAUUCUGGCUUUUGCUGGAGGUAUUACUGGAACUGUGUUAUCUAUAAUUGAUAUUAUUAAUGAAUUUGAAUAAAUGGACAUUUACGUUA